AUGCUGAUUCUCCUGUGUGCUGCUGCAUGUCUCGCCGAGGCGUGCGGGACAGGACCUGCAUGUGUUAACGGAGACUGCGCCUACGGGGACGGAGCAUACUUCUGCCAGUGCAGGCGGGGCUGGGCGGGGGCUGCGUGCGACGCUCCCCGCGCGGGGUUCCGCAGAGUAACUACUAAUACUGGCAAGGCGUCUACAGACAGGGCCGUCAACUACGCCUGCCUCGUGAACGGGACAGAAUGCACAGGGUCGAGCAAGUGCACCUACUACGCGGGGGCGUACUCGUGUGAUCCCUGUCCCGAUGGCUUCGUGUCCUACGAGGGCGAGUGCUUACCAAAAAAGUGCUUUAAUAAUGAUGGUGACUAUUCAGGACAGGAGGCAACGAAGGCCCCCUGCAACGGCCGCGGCCGCUGCCUCCUGAAGGACCCCGGGCUGGCCGGACUGAGUGCUGACGACUACGCGUGCGACUGCUACCCGAUCUACCGUGGGGGCCUCUGCCAGUCGUGCGAUGACGCCAACGCGAUCGCUGCGGGAAGCUCUUCGUCUGAUGCCCUCCCUACGUGCAAUGCGCGGGCCUGCCAGGACUCGGAUGGGGUCGUGUGCUCAGGCCAGGGAACGUGCAUCCUCGACGUGGGCCUCAAUCGCGAAUCAUAUCACUACCGUUGUGUCUGUGAGACGGGAUAUACACGCGUUGGGCACAAGUGCGUCAGGACGGAGUGCGUGGCCACGAUCGACGGGUCUCCGGUCGUCUGCGGGGGCUUUGGGAAGUGCACGGAUAAAGAUAGCCCCGGUACCUUCAAGUGCGUUUGCGAUUCGGAUGCAGUCCAGGUCGGUCAGUUUUGUACAUACUCCGCGUGCACAGACGAGUCCCGCUCAAAGAUCUGUGGUGGAGUGGGCGCCUGUGUGCGCAACGGCGCUGGCUAUAGUUGCGACUGCCGAGGGCUUGCCACGGGCGACCUCUGCGAUACUUGCACUGACAAGUCUGCUAAGAUAAAUGGCAAGUGCGUUCCAGUGGGGUGCCUCACCUCGGACAACCAAGAAUCAUGCAAGAACGGAGGAACAUGCGUCAAAUCCGACGGCGAGUACCACUGCCGCUGCCCGGACAUGCUCAUUGCCAUAAACGGAGAGUGCACGUCCCCCGCGUGCAUGGACGAGGAACUUGGGAAGGUCUGCUCGGGACACGGUACGUGCAAGACGGACGAUCUACGAAAUAUACAAUGCACUUGUAAUCAGGACUAUACCUACUUCGCCCCGGGGCGCUGCAUCUUGAGCAGUCUGGUGGAUAGCCCUGCCACGGUUUGCAGUGAUCAUGGACGCAUUGUCGUUAGUGCUGAGGCUCCUUAUACGAUGACGUGCCAGUGUUCGCCUAUCUACACAGGAGCUAAGUGCGCAGAAUGUGAUCAACAAAAUGCGCAAAUGAUUGGCGAGAAAUGCAUUGCAAAGAAGUGCAUUGUGCAGCAACAGCCACCGGAUCCACAGCCCAGUCUGCGCAUGGCUACUGCUCAGGAUAUCUGCGGGAACACAGGCACGUACACCACUUAUGGAGAUCCGAGCAAUCCGUUCAUCACAUGCGUUCCUAAAGAUGCCAGUAGCGGGAAUGUCUCCGCCUACAACGGCACCUUCUCUGCUCCACGUGGAUGUGUAUUUAUCAGUAAGAUAGACAAGACAAGAAGGUUCUAUUGUGGAUUCCUUGAGAAUGUAACAGAAAACCUGCCAACCAAUAACUUGCCUACGUGCGCCAAACCUUCCGGAAAACCCGAUCUGCCUGAAACAUGUACUCACUGUCCAACUGACUUUCACCUUGUACACUUUGGGGAAAACAAUAGCACAUGUAUGCACAAGAGUUGUCACGAUGGCCAAUCCAGUAGUCAGAUGUGGUACAAUUACUGCGGCGGUGUGGGAGACUGCAUUCAGAAAAAGGAUAAAAGCGGAUACGAGUGUGAUUGUGGGACUGCUGCCAAAUGGGAUCCAAAUUUGAAGGCGUGUGUCACUGAUGCAUGCAAGCUUGACAAGAGUCUUGCUGGUCCAUGGGCGCCCGAGUAUUGCGCUGGGCCGUCUACCUUUACGCUCGAAUGCACUGUCGGACGGGACACAACGUGGCAGUGUAAUUGCACUGGGGACUAUGUUACGUACAACAAGACGUGCAUUUCAAAGAGUAAGAACGCUGAUCCAAAGACUCAGCGAGCAAGGGGGCUCUGCGGUGGUCCUGGUGCGGGAUAUAUAGACAGUACUGGAACCUGCGUCUGCAGCAAUGGCUUCCUCAAGAUCGGUGACAUGUGCUACAGCUACGACUGCCUGCCAGUUGGCAUAUCAGAUAACAUAAGGAAUCCGAAUAUCAACGUGCUUGUCUGCUCCGGAAAGGGGGUCUGCGCAUACAACCAGCUGACCGGCCGGUACGGCUGCGAGUGCGAAAGUGGCCUGGAGGCCUUUGGGGGCUACUGCACUCAUCCAGGAUGCGCCGGAAAGGUAAUGCAUAACGGAGAAAUUAAGUAUGUUGAGUGCAAAAUCUACGAUGGGACAACUGGAGAUUGUACAAACGAUAAGGGCACAUAUUCCUGCAAGUGUACUACUCCGUAUAGAUCUGUCAAUGGGAUCUGUGUUCAUCAGCGUUGCGUAUCGUAUGAUAACGUCUAUUGCGGAGGAGAUGUCCUGGCUGCAUGCGUGCAGGGGAGUAAUUACUAUUACGGGUGUGUCUGCUCCGAAGGCUAUGAGAGGGGCCAGCUCAAUUCGGAAUGCAUUCCAAGUAAGUGUGUUUACAGAAGGCUGCUGAGUGAUCCCACUAUUGCAUGCAAUGGGUUAGGAACAUGUGGCGGAGAAGGAUCUUUGUUGAAGAAUAGGCGGUGUGAGUGCAAGUCUGGUGCUAAGCUAGUCACACUUAGAGAUGUGAAUGGGGAGUUGAGAGAAACAUGUAUAUUAAGUGAGUGCAUUUCUAGUGAGGACGGAGUGGAACCGCCGAUUAUCUGUGGAGGACUAGGCAGUUGUGGGCCCACAGGAUGCGUAUGCGAUCUGGGGACAAAGUUAUUUAAAAGGGCUUGCUUUGGUAUCAACUGCUUUAUUAACACCGUAGAUGAUAGCGGACGACUUGUUGAGUCUGUGUGCGGUGGCGAGACCGUUGGGGUGUGCACAAAGAUAGCAUCACACGGCGAUCGUCGAGACUACGCUUGUAAGUGCAAGGACCCGAGGCCUGACGGGUAUGAAGAACUUGAUGGGUUCUGUCUGCCAAAAGCUUGCAUGUUUGAAAUCACAACCUUGACUAAUCAGCAGGUGAGGACGAUGUGCGGUGGAAAGCAGUUUGGAACAUGCGUUCUUAAUGCUACUCAAUCAUCCAAGUCAUACUGUAAGUGCAUAAAUCGAUAUGACAUUAUUCAAAUAACAAAUGGAAAGUGUAUGAAGAAAACCUGUCUUAGCGACUCUCUUUCUGGAGGUCCGGAGGGAUACGUUGAAUGUUCUGGACAUGGGAAGUGUAUAGGGGAUCAUAUUGUGGGGUACUCGUGCAAUUGUGACGAAAAUUAUCAAACGGUUGCAGACGAUCGCCGUUAUUUGUGCGUACCAGCUGUCUGUGUUGUAUCAGAGACAAAUUCCAGUACUAUAUGCAACGGAAGAGGGACCUGUCAGUUCAAGACAGACCCAGGAAAGUGCGAGUGUAGGCCUGGGUAUGAUGGUACCAAAUGUGAGACGUGUGCAAAUGGCUACAAGGAACACACAGAUGCACAGUGCUACCUCAAUGGCUGUCCGGCAGACAAUUGUGGCACGGAGGAAAAUACUAGCGUAGGAGCUUGCCAAUUUAGCGGAAACAGUUUUGCUUGCGUCUGCGUCAACUCGAGCUUCGUCGUUGACAGUGCUAGCAAGAAGUGCCGAAAAUCCAGAUGCGUUUGGACGGAUCCAUACGAUCAGACAGAAAAAACGUGCUACGGCAUGGGUACGUGCAAUGAUAACGGCGAGGACACUGGGGCGUGUGUUUGCAACCCCGGGACAACCCUAGUCGGGACAAACAUCUGUGUUUAUAGCCAGUGCAUCUCGGAUGGAAGCGACUCCAAAGCAAUAUGCAAGGGGCGCGGGACAUGCGUAGAGGGCCCUGUCGCCGGGACAGGACUGUGCAGGUGCGACAGCAGCAGAUACCGCACAGACAAGAAGACCGGCCAGUGCUUUGUCAAGGAGUGCUUCGGGGCGCACGAGAGCAUUCUUUCGGAGGUCUGCGAUGGUGGUGGAACAUGCAGUGAAGACACUAAAAAGUGCAACUGUAGCGUAGACGGCUUCCAGAAUCUCGACGGCCAGAACGGCUGCGUGCACAGCAGCUGCGUCUCGUCGGACAACAAGCUCUGCAGCGGCUUCGGCGCCUGCGAGAAGACCGGCGACACCUACGGCUGCCUGUGCGCAAGUUACUAUAUUCUGGUCGACAAAGACUGCAUCCCCACAAGAUGUCUCAAGGACGGGAAGGUCUGCAACGGCGGUGGCACGUGCUCCGGCGAGGGAUCCUCUGCGACCUGUAGCUGCAACCAGGGCUGGACCCUCCACGGGACUCUCUGCUACCCAUCGGCCUGCGUUUCCAGUGGGACGCUCUGUGGGGGGAACGGCGACUGCCAGCUCUCCGACGGAGGCUCGUGCAGCUGCAGAAGCGGCUACGAGACCGUCUCCGGGGGGCUCUGCAUCAGCAGCCAGUGCGUCCAGCGCGGCACCGACGGCACCGUGACGAUCUGCGGGGGCAACGGCAGGUGCGUGUCCGAGAACGGCGUGACUCCCAGCUGCGUGUGCAACGAGGGCUUCUCUCUCACAAGCGACUUCGUCUGCGGAGUCCCUGCUCCAUCCAACAAGUCAUCAAGUACCAUAACGAUUGCAGUCGUGGUCGUCGUCCUCCUCGUCCUCGUUGCGGUGGCCGGCUUCCUCGUCUGGUGGUUCGUGAUACGGCCCAGGAAGAGCGGUGAGCUGAGGGAGCGCGCCCCGCGGAAAGGCCCUAGCUUUAGUGGCUCGCAAAAGCUCAAGAAGCAAGCAAGCUCCAAGGCGUCGCUCCACGCCACUGCGCCCCUACUGAGCCGGUCAUCUCAUGCCGGUUCUAGUGUCCAGCUCUAG